CUUUCUCUCAGGAAACUCCACUCUCAACUGACAAGUGCUAUUUCCAGCCAUUCCUUUGCUAUUGCACAUAGUGAGGCCAUGAAUGCCCUGUGCCAUGUGCAUCACUUAUUUUCAACAGCAGAUCUUUGUAAUACACUCCUGGAAGUAGGGUGGCUGGGUCAAAAGGCGAAUCCGUACACAAGCUAAAUAGAUAUUGCUCAAUCCUCUUCUACGGGGUUCAAACCAUUCUGGAUUUCUAUGAGCAAUGCAUGUCAGUGCGAUUCCUUUACACCCAGCCCACCAACUGAGCGUGGUUAAACGUGGGGAGAAAGGAGGGUGAGGUUACCAACCUGUUGGUUGAGAAACGGCCUCUGCCCAGCGUGCCCUUCCUCCACCCCCACGCGAGAAACAGCUGAACUCCGGCCGGGACGCGGGUGCCGCCUGUCCAGCCCUGUGCUGCGUCCCCUGAGGGCGGGCUGCAGGCGGCCGGGAAGCCUUGCACAACCGGCCCGAAAGAGGAAGCCCAGAAUGUGCUGAAGUAAACACUUAGGCAGACUGUUGCAACAUAAAUCGGCCUUUCUCUCUGGUGGAACCAUCGCUUGGCCCCAAGUCCCUUAGACCCUCAUGCGUUGAGGCUGCAAAAUGGGUCGAUUCGCCAGGAGACGUUCCUGAGAGAAGGGCGCGCACGGCACAGGGGCCCUCCUUGCACCUCGAAGCAAAGCAGCUCGGAUAGCGCCACACGUCUGCACGCUGCGUGGGAAGGGCAGGGCUGACAGCACUUCCUCCCCGGGGCAGCGACCUGGAGCCCGGGUACGGCCGCCUGCACUGCGCGUCGCUUUCGCGGCCCGAGCCCCGCCGCCUUCCCACACCCCCGCCGCGCCCCGCAGAGCCGUCGAGAUGGGUGAGUCAAGUGAAGACAUAGACCAAAUGUUCAGCACUUUGCUGGGAGAGAUGGAUCUUCUGACCCAGAGUUUAGGAGUUGACACUCUCCCUCCUCCUGACCCUAAACCGCCCAGAGCUGAAUUUAACUACAGUGUGGGGUUUAAAGAUUUAAAUGAGUCCUUAAAUGCACUGGAAGACCAAGAUUUAGAUGCUCUCAUGGCAGAUCUGGUAGCGGACAUAAGUGAGGCUGAGCAGAGGACAAUCCAGGCACAGAAAGAGUCCUCACAGAACCAACACCAUUCAGCAUCUCUACAGGCAUCAAAUUUCAGCGGUGCAGCCCCUCUUGAUUAUGGAACAAAUGUUGCUGCCAUUGGUAUCAGCCAAUAUAAAGAAGACUUACCACCUCCACCAGCUGAUCCUGUGUUAGAUCUUCCAUUGCCACCGCCACCUCCUGACCCUGUCUCUCAGGAAGAAAAGGAAGCCCAAGCUAAGGCUGAUAAAAUCAAGCUGGCGCUGGAAAAACUGAAGGAGGCCAAGGUUAAGAAGCUCGUUGUCAAGGUGCACAUGAACGAUAACAGCACGAAGUCACUGAUGGUGGAUGAGCGACAGCUGGCCCGAGAUGUUCUGGACAACCUUUUCGAGAAAACUCACUGUGACUGCAAUGUAAAUUGGUGUCUUUAUGAAAUAUACCCAGAACUACAAAUUGAGAGGUUUUUUGAAGACCAUGAAAAUGUUGUUGAAGUCUUAUCAGACUGGACAAGAGACACAGAAAAUAAAGUACUAUUUCUGGAGAAAGAAGAGAAAUAUGCUGUAUUUAAAAACCCCCAGAAUUUCUACUUGGAUAACAGAGGAAAAAAAGAAAGCAAGGAAACUAGUGAGAAAAUGAAUGCUAAGAACAAGGAAUCCUUACUUGAGGAAAGUUUCUGUGGAACAUCUGUCAUUGUACCAGAACUGGAAGGAGCUCUUUAUUUGAAAGAAGAUGGAAAGAAAUCCUGGAAAAGGCGCUAUUUUCUUUUACGGGCUUCUGGAAUUUAUUAUGUACCCAAAGGAAAGACUAAGACAUCUCGAGAUCUGGCAUGUUUCAUACAGUUUGAAAAUGUCAACAUUUACUACGGGACUCAGCAUAAAAUGAAAUAUAAAGCACCCACUGACUACUGCUUUGUUUUAAAGCACCCCCAAAUUCAGAAGGAGUCCCAGUAUAUCAAGUAUCUCUGCUGUGAUGACGCAAGAACCCUUAACCAGUGGGUCAUGGGAAUACGGAUAGCCAAGUAUGGGAAGACUCUCUAUGAUAACUACCAGCGGGCCAUGGCAAAGGCUGGACUUGCCUCUCGGUGGACAAACUUGGGGACAGUCAAUGCAGCUGCACCAGCUCAGCCAGCCCAGCUGUCUACAGGACCUAAAACAGGCACCCCCCAGCCCAAUGGACAGAUGCCUCAGGCUGCACAUUCUGUCAGUGCUGUUCUCCAAGAGGCCCAGACACAUGCUGAAACAUGGAAGGAUAAGAAACCAGCCCUCGGGAACCACCCCCAGCCCGGAACGCCUCGGGCCCCGCAGGCCCCCAAGUCCAGCCUUCCACCUCCCCCUCCGAUGCGGCGGUCCUCCGACACCGGCGGCAGCCCCGCCACGACCCCCAAGGCCAAGGGCACGGGCGGCGGGGGCUUCCUCGCCCCGCCCAUCGACUUCCUUCCGCCGCCGCCGCCGCCGCCACCCAUGGACGACCUCGAGCUCCCGCCGCCACCCCCGGACUUCAUGGAGCCGCCCCCGGACUUCGUGCCCCCGCCCCCGCCGUCGUGUGCAGGACCCGCGGGCUCAGAGCUGCCCCCGCCACCGCCGCCGCCGCCCGCGCUCGCCCCCGAUUCCGCCAGGCCGCCCCCCGCGGUCGCCAAGAGACCUCCUAUGCCCCCCAAGAGGCACGAGAACCCAGCGCCCCCCGGCGGGGCAGGUGGCGGGGAGCAAGAUUUCAUGUCAGACCUCAUGAAAGCUUUGCAAAAGAAGAGAGGCAACGUGUCCUAGGGACGGGCACAGUGAGUGUGCCAGAGGGAGACGCAUCGGUGACCCCCAGUGCAGGUUUUGCUAGAUUUCCCUCACAUCUUGUUCAUUUCAGGUAAAAUGUGAUGGGAAACUUCUCACUGUUGUGCUCAAGUACAGCCAUAACCAUUAACCCAAUCGAAUUCAGAAUAUCUGCUCAAAUGUACAUAUCGCUCCUAUGUAUUUUCACCUAAAUGGAAUGUAUCUUCCCUUCCAAGUUACCUAAAGUGCUGUUUUAGUUUCAUUUAUUUUAUUAUGUUCAGAAGUAUGAAAUGAAUAAAAGUUAAACAUUUUUCCUGAAGACAGUGCUUCUAGAAAGAUUAAUUAUUGGGUCAAUCUAUCUUGACAUCAACACUGUAAUUAAAAAUAGCUUUCCCCAUCCCAUGCCUUCUUAAGUCUUGGUGACCUUAUAUAGAUUUUCCAUUUCUACCUCUGUGACCUUCAGAAUUUUCAUGAAAAUCGAGAGAGGAAAAUGAGAAAACAUGACAAACAGAGCCUGUUCCCUUUCUCUGAGAUCCUGUUGUUUGAUUGAUUGGAGUCCUGGACACACGCUGUUUUGGUUUGGCUUUUUUAAUGCUUGAAUAACAGUCAUUGAAAGAAAUGGUUAUUUAGAUAGUUUUUUGAAUUGUCUUAUUAUUACAAUGCUGUGAGUAUUCUGCAAAUAAAAAUGCAAGGGCAAGAAAAGGCAAUCAUAUAGAUAUUCUUCUACCUGGAAUGUUUUCCCUCCAAGAUACAUUUAAUGACCAAUUUAUCCUCGGUUCUUGGGACCUAUAUCUCUUCUCUUUCAAAUUGGCUUCUAAUAGGCCUUUUACGUUUUCUUAGUUUUAUUUCCAUGGCUCUCUUUUGGUUUUGUAUUUUUGUGGGGUUUUUUUAACUGUAAAACUUCUCAAAAUCUUGAGUGAGUGGAAAAUAACGCAUUUUUUAAAAUAAAGGAAGAUAAUUAA